AUGUCUGUUAUCACACCCGAGAGACUAUUAAAACUAGCUUAUCAUUAUCCAGAUUUACACAAUAUUUGGUACCUUAUAACUAUAGCUACACUCACGGAAUUAAAUUUGAUUGAGGAUAUACCCGCGAUUUUACAUUUUGCAUUAAGACAACAAUUAUUUGAAUUUUGUAAUGAUGAAGAAACUGUGCUCAAUAAUGAAUUUAUAUACAAAUUAGCUGAAGAUUCAAUAUCUAGUUCUAAAAUGGUUUCAAAGAUGUAUAAUACCGGAAUCAAUAUUCCUGAUAUUUUAAUUCCUCAUACUUAUGCUAAUAUGAUCCCAUUAACUUAUAAAUAUUCAAAAGGAAAGGACAUUCGUAAAAAACAACAAUUUAUAGUAGACCAAGCAAGAGAGACCAUACUUAAAUGUGUUAGUUUUGUUGGUCUACCAAAGACAAUCAAUGCUUUAACUAUAUUGAAAAGUGUAACUCCAACUAGUUUAACGUAUCAUAAUGUUGAUACUCCCAAGAGACCAAACUACGUCGAAACUGGAGACGUUGGCGAGGAGACAAUAGAUGGUAAGGUUUCAGACCGUCUGCUUAAUUUAGAUAUUAUUCAGAAUAAUUUACUCAAGGGUGCUGAAUUAUGGUCGACUUCAUAUUCAGGUAAUGUAAAAACCAAGAUUAGAAAACAAAUGCUCAAUGUUUAUCCUGAUUUAUGGUAUUAUGUAUAUCAUAAUAUUUACUCCGUAAAUUUACAAUUUGAUAAAAUAUUAACAAAUAAGAAAACAAGUUUAGUUUUACUCGGUUGUUUAAUUCCACAAGAUUUAACAUUUCAAAUUAAAGGAUAUUUAAAAAGUGCCAUUAAUAACGGAGCAACCAAAGAACAAGUAAACCAGACAAUAAACUUAAUACUCGAAAUUUGUGAAUGGAAAACUGGACAUAAUUUUAAAGAUGGAAUUGAAAGUAUACCUAAAUUAUAA